CCGGCCCGGCCGUGGAGGCAAGGCCCAGGAGGGGAAAAAGAAAAGGGGGGCAGAAGUGGCAGAGGGGAAGAGAGGUGGCUGGGUCCGGAAGCAGAGACUGGGGCAUAAGGGGGGAAGAGAUCAGCUAGUUAUACAUAAGACUCCAGGAAUUCUGCAGUUCAUUUCUGAUCCAAAAUGAAUCCAGAUUGGUGGCAACUCUAAGUGAGGUUAUGUCAUCACUACAUGACAUUACAUAAAGGUCCCUCGGUUACCCACUCCUGCUUUGCAAUACUUAUUGAAGGUGGGAGAAGUAGACAGGGCUUCUUUUAUUCUGGGAAGGGCACCGGAUUCACAGAAGCCUCAAAAAGGCUUUGAAAAGAAGGACAUUUCCCCGGCUGACUGUGCAACAACAUUUUGGAGAGGAAGACCAAGGAAUUCAGCCCAAGACAUCAUGGAAAAGCUGUAAUUGUAACUAUGAAGGUUGAAAAUCAGCCAGAGGGCAAGAAGGUAGAGCAGCUCAAACCACAGGCAAAGCAGCAAAAAGUGAAGGUGGCAGCAGAGACAGAAGAGAAAAAGGAAGAAAGCGAAGGUCUCAUCGGGGUUUUUGGCUCCUACCAGGAGCUUUUCCAGUUCUUUUGUAACAACACAACCAUCCAUGGCGCCAUCCGGCUGGUUUGCUCGAAGAGGAACAAGAUGAAGACUGCCUUCUGGUCAGUACUCUUCUUCCUGACCUUUGGCCUCAUGUACUGGCAGUUUGGAAUCCUCUACAGGGAAUACUUCAGCUUCCCUGUCAACCUGAACCUGAACCUCAACUCUGAUAGGCUUACCUUCCCAGCUGUCACACUGUGUACUCUCAAUCCCUACAGGUACAGUGCUCUUCAGGAGGAGCUGGAGGAGCUGGAUCGUAUGACCCACCGGACACUGAUGGAUCUGUACAAAUACAAUAUGUCCCUGGGGCAGAGUAAAUGGAUGUCCCAAUCCUCUCGGAAACGCAGUUCUAGGAGCCUGUCUCGCCUUUCCCUGCAUCACCCUCUGCUUAGAGUCAAGAGAGGCAGCCAGGCCAGCAUAGAGGACAAUAAUCCCCAAGUGGACAAGUCUGGCUGGAAAAUUGGCUUUGUGCUAUGUAAUGAAAACAAGACAGAUUGCUUCCACCAGAUAUACUCCUCAGGUGUGGAUGCUGUGCGGGAGUGGUACAGCUUCCAUUACAUCAACAUCCUGGCAAGGAUUCCUGACACCAAGGCCCUAGAUGAGUCCAACUUCACAAGCUUCAUCUACUCCUGCCGUUUCAAUGAGGCAACAUGUGACAAAGGGAAUUACACCCAUUUCCAUCACCCCAUUUAUGGAAACUGCUACACAUUCAACGACAACAGCAGCACCCUCUGGAUGUCUUCCUUGCCUGGGAUCAAUAAUGGCCUCUCUCUGGUAGUCCGCACGGAGCAAAAUGACUUUAUCCCACUGUUAUCCACUGUGACGGGAGCCCGAGUGAUGGUCCACAAUCAGAAUGAACCAGCCUUCAUGGAUGAAGGGGGCUUUAACAUCCGUCCUGGUGUGGAAACAACCAUCAGUAUGAGAAAGGAAACAACAAUCCGUCUUGCGGGCAGCUACAGCGACUGCACAGAAAAUGGGAGUGAUGUGCCCGUGAAGAACCUCUACCUCUCCCGCUAUACUGAGCAGGUCUGCAUUCGUUCCUGUUUUCAGAGCAAUAUGGUGGAACGGUGUGGCUGUGGCCAUUACUUCUACCCCUUGCCCCCUGGAGCAGUUUACUGUGACUACACUAAACAUACCGCCUGGGGUUAUUGUUAUUACAAACUCCAGGCUGAAUUCAAAGCCGGAUUCCUGGACUGUUUCUCCAAAUGUCGGAAACCUUGCAAGGUGACUGAAUACCAUCUGUCGGCUGGAUACUCACGCUGGCCUUCUGCUGUCUCUGAGGAGUGGGUGUUUCACAUGCUGUCUCGGCAGAAUAAGUACAACAUCACGUCCCAAAGGAAUGGAAUUGCCAAAGUAAAUAUAUUUUUCAAGGAGUGGAGUUAUAAAAGCAAUGGGGAGUCUCCUGCUUUCACAGUGGUGACUUUACUUUCACAGCUGGGGAACCAAUGGAGUCUUUGGUUUGGCUCAUCUGUUCUCUCAGUGAUAGAGCUGGCAGAGUUGAUUUUGGAUUUCAUUGCCAUCACCUGCAUCCUGGCUUUCAACUGGCUCUACUUGCAUCGGUCCUCUGAUCUCCCUGCAUCCAACAGCCACGACAAUACAGCCUUCCACAGUGCGCCUCCUGCUCCUGGUGCCCCCCUGCAACAUGCCUCUGUGGAGAACGGGGUUGCAGCACUGCCGUCCUACAACAGCUUAGAAUCACUAGCCCUGCAGAGUGUUUCCUUCAGGAGAACAGAAUGAGGGACGGACCAGGAUGGCCUGCUUAUGGCCUGCAGCAUUAAGAUGCGUAUUACUCAGCUUAUAGAACCAGUCAGCUGGCUGUAGACACCACCACAGGCCGAGGGAACUGAAAUGUCUCCAUAAUGUUAUGGACAAAAAGAAGUUACAGCAUGUACAGAACCAUGUGACUGAGGAGCACCCACCCCUGGUAUGAAUUGCCAUUGCUAUACCCAACCACUAUAAUCUAAAAAUAAGCAGCAGAUUAAAGAUACAGCUAUGUGUACCACCAAAGGGCAAGAUGGCUUCCUUUCCCCACCUGCAAUGCAUAAUGGGCAAAAACCUAGAAUGAAUGUGAAAUUCAGACAGUAGGGGUAGGGUGGGUAUAUAGAGCUAGGUACCAACAGCGAGCCACCUAAUAGCUCAGUGGGGAAGUAGCUUGCCUAGCGAGCAAGAGGUUGCCAGUUCGAAUCCCCGCUGAUAUGUUUCCCAGACUAUGGGAAACACCAACAUUGGGCAGCAGCGAUAUAGGAAGAUUCUGAAAGACAUCAUCUCAUACUGCGCCGGAGAUGGCAAUGGUAAACCUCUCCUGUAUUCUACCAAAGACAACCACAGGGCUCUGUGAUCGCCAAGAGUCGACACCAACUCAACGGCACAACUUUACCUUACUUUACCAACAUCCAUCCACACCUUAGCCCACUUAUUUUUAUCUUAUUCAAAAGGUAGGUAGGCUUGCAGAUCCUUUUCAUUUUAUACUGAGUGAUGACACACAUACAGGCAAUGGAGAUUAAACAAGCAGAAAUGUGUGAGUUUCUAGUAUUGGCACUCUGGCGGUAUUCUCCCAGAGGUGUCACUACCAUUAGACAAGGGGAGACAGUUGUCUCGGGGCCCCACUGCCUCAAGGGGCCGCCCUAGAGACUCUCUCUUCAAGAACAAAAGUAAGAAGACAUUCUGUAAAAAUCAACGCUUUGUUUGUUUGUUUGUUUGGUGUGUGAUUUGUUCCCCUUGGUCAAGCUACUAUGUUGCUCGCUCUCUCCCCCCACACCCAUGAACCGUUUAUGUGUUGUACAUGUGAGUGAAGUCCCAUCCUGUGUGUGUGUGUGUGUGUGUGUGUGUGUGUGUGUGUGUGUGAGAGAGAGAGAGAGAGAGAGAGAGAGAAUUCAUAAGCUUUAAACACACACACACACACACACACACACGUUUUCAAAGUAUGCCAAAACUAUUCUAGUGCAAACUUGUAAGAAAAACCCUCCCCAUCCCAACAGUAUACCUUGUUGUGAGGAAAUUAGUUAGUGCAAAAGUAUUAAAAGCUUUGAAAAGAAUGCGGGGGGGGGGGGAUCUGACAAAAUGGAUCUGUUUUUGUUCCUUUUUACUCCUGAAGUUACACUGCUUAUAGCUCUAAUCUGGUCUCUAUGUGUGUUGCUUUCUCUCACCCCCACCCUUACUAAAAAUAUUUAUAUGCUGCCUUUUUAGCAACAGAGUUCUUACAAUGGCUUAAAUAACAAAAUAUGAGAAAACUGUUCUCCCGACAUGUUUCCCAACCUUUUAAACAUUACUAUUUAAUUUUAUUUUGCUUUGUGCUUGUAGCAUGCUCCCCCACCAAAAGUCUAUUUUUGUACUGUGUACACUUACUGCAAAAUAAGGCUUUGCAAAUCAGUUCACAAGAAACUCAUUUUUAAAUUGCACAUGAAAUGAUUGGUUGUCUUUAAAUUCUGCAAAAUUGGGGUAACUCCAUAUAUGACAUUCUGCUGUCCUAUUUGAAAUCAAAAUGGUGGCUUUUCUUUCUGUCAUGUAUAGACACACUUAUACAUUGUAUAUAUACUGUAGUAUAUAGACAUACACUAUAGUUGCAUAUGAUUUUUUUGCAUAUGAUUUUCUUAAAUGAAAUGUACUAAAUAAAAGAUCAAACUGAA